CAUGUCGGUGCCUAGCUCACUGGUAUUUUUAUUCAGAAGUGCUAGUUAAAACAUGCCCAGCAGUAUUUGAAGUUUAGGUCAGUCUGUGGAGACCGUUUGCUCGACUUAGUUAGUGUUCGACGUCGACCGGGACAUUUCCUAGCCAAAAAGUAGACGUUUAAGAGGUUAUUUUUCCUCCUUUACUGCCGAGAAUGUUGUUGUCGUACAAGCGGUUUGGAGAUGCUAAUUUUACUCAGCUUUGUGUUUCCACACUUGAACGACUUUCUUCAGUGAGUUAGUAUCCCUGAGAACAAAAGUCUCUCAGAUGUGUAGAAGAAAAAAACAAACAAACAACCGAGCACUAUUGUAUUGAUGCAGACUUCUCGACCUUUUUAAUUAUAUAAUAUAUACUAGAGCCUAAAGUGAACAGCUUUUUUGUUUUGCUUGGAGUUUGGGAAAGUGUGGAAAUGUUCAGCAUGUUUGUAGCUUGUGUGGUGAAUGGAGCAGAGAGGAAGCAGGGGGAUGAAAGGGAGGAAAUUAAAGAGAGGAUAGAUUCACUCCUACUCCUCUUCUCUUCUGAAGAGAACUUGCCUUGACUUAGCUAAUCAUUAUCUCAGCCCUCAGGAUACCUGCUCCAGGCUUUUGUAAGAACCCUUAUCUCGUACAAUUCCGUACCAAACCUUGGGCUAGUUUGAAGUUUUUUCCGUUCAGUUUUAUAGCCUAAAUCGUUUCAGGAAAUUUAGUCACACAAAAGGAAGCGUCGUAAUCUACAGCGACGCUUCGGAUUACAGAGUUGGGUGCGUUCCCGUUUCUCAUCUUAGAUUUUCUUUUGGAUUACGAUUAAAGAAAGCAGCGUGGAAACGUUGCAGACUGUCUGAAACCAUGUUUACGAAAUACAAAGUGUUAUUCAAGUUAACCAAGGACAGGCUGGAAACACGCUUUCCGGGUAGGGUUGCAAGAUCCCCGAUUAACUAGGAAUCAUCGUUUUUGCCUUUGAAUAGAGAUCAGGAUUCUUUGACCGAUUUUGUAAAGUUUAACAUGUAAGCUGUAUUUAUUCAGUUCUUGCAUUACGGUGGCAGUGUUGUAGCUACAUUUUCCUAGCAGCUGUUUGUGAAUGACAGCUCAUCUGCAUUUUGAAUGACCGAUUUACUGCACAUUUGUAUGACAAUAGCCCAGGCCUGAACAAAAAAUACCUGCUAUUUAAUGCAACACUUUUAAAAUUAGAGUAAUGUGUCAGGAGCAGAAUGAGGCAUCCCAAAGUUAAAGGUGAACAAGCAAUAUUAAUUUUGUCUGCUGAGAGCAUUUCAUAAGCCACUUGUGUGUGUGAAAAUAAGUCUUGAUAAACACACCGCCUAACGCAUCACUGGCAGGUUUUGAGCGAGAUGGGAUGUGCAGCCAUGACGCGCUCGCACAGUUUAUUUUACACUCCACCCAUGACUUAGCUGUCUGGCAUUGUUUCUCCCUCUUUUUCCCCCAUGGACUCGCUGCACAUCAGGUCUGUGUGUGAGGUCAUCUGGUACGACGUCUAUAGUCACCGGUCACAAAAUAUACGGGUCAAUUUUGCUGCUCUGUUUUUGUUAUGGCUGCUUGAGUACAAAUACUGCAGAAUCAGAUCUGUACACGGACUUGCACCGAGUACCUUUUGUUGAGCAGUCCUGUUUCAGACUACUGUAUGUUUUGGGGUUCUCAUACUUGAAGUAUGAGCCUUCCUUUGCCGGUAAAGUGUGUUUUUAGAGCUUCAUAUUACCAUGUUCUUCCUUUAAACGAAUCACCACAAGCCAUCCAUCCAUUGAAAUGUAAAGCAGAUCUGCUCCAAGGGAGGUCAGGCCUUUGUAUGUAGAUGUGAAUUUGAUUCACUUUUUUUUUUCUUUUCGGUCUUGUCUUGACAUGAUUCUUAUGUAAAGUGUUUGUUGUAUAUGUGUUACUUUUUUUUAAAAGUGCAGAAAAAUCAAACCCUUUCCCCUCUUUCAUAAGUCAGCACGUUUUUAUGCCACAUGAUUAUUUUAGACCAGUAAUACCUACUGUUGCUUUGAUUUCCACAGUGUUUGAAGAGGAGCACAGUGGAGAGACGGAGUUUUCUGCCAUGUCCGACAGUGAUCCCUGUGAGGAUGACGCUUACCCACUCAAUCUUUCCACCGGUGCCCGUGGAGCUUCUGCCAAGCGUCGCCGCCGGGGGAACCUGCCUAAAGAGUCUGUUCAGAUUCUGAGGAGCUGGCUAUACGAGCAUCGUUUUAAUGCCUAUCCUUCCGAGCAGGAGAAGCUUAGUUUGUCAGGACAGACUAAUCUCUCCAUCUCACAGAUCUGUAACUGGUUUAUCAAUGCACGGCGACGGCUGCUCCCGGACCUGCUUCGGAAGGACGGGAAGGACCCGACUCAGUUCACGAUCUCCCGCCGCGCCAGCAAAUCAGACAGCCGGUCAGUGGGCUCCGCCUCCCCAGAACACUCCACCCCGCCACUGGUCCCCGCAUCCCGCCCAUCUGUCAUCCGCCCUGCCCCCACGUUGGACCUGAGCAUGCUGGGUAAUACAGCGACCGCCAUCUUGACCGGGGCAGGCUGCUUAGUGGGAUCAGGUUUAACAGGCCGAGAUAGUGGUGUCCAGACCCUCAUGCAGGUGGAUACUCGCGGCCUGAUCAAGAAAGAAAGUGUGAAUGGACCUUCUAAUCUAACUACUAUUCCAGGCUCUUCUUCCAGCAGCUCAAGCCUGGGAACGAUGAGUCCUACUGUGGUGCUUUUCAACACGCCGCCCCCUACACCCCCAGAACUCUGUCCACAUGACUUCAGUGACCUCAAGCUGCUCGUAGAUGCAGCUCUACAGAGAGCAGCAGAGCAGGAAAACCAGAGACAGAAGGAGCAGUCUUCAGCUAGAGUACCCAGUUCUGUUCCUGUAUCUGCUUCAGCAACAGAAGCUCCAAGUCGAAACACAGAGCAGGAAAAGAGGCGUGAAAGCCUGAGCUCCGGCACCAAAUCUGACUCUGCUCCGAGCCUACAGGAGAAGGCCAUCGUCCCUGUCUCUGUGCCCGUGUUAAAUGCGUCUGCUUCUUCUCUUCCUGCCAGUAAAGCAGGCGUUAGCCUGCCAGUGGUUCCACAUAGAGUUGCCGGAGCAGUAAAUUUUCAGCCAAAUGGUGUAUGGAGUGUGGUCAGACCAGCUAGCCCACCCCCAACCAGUGUCACACACACCUGGAGCUCCCAGCAUACACUCCACGCUGUCAGAGAAGCAGUCAACUGAGAAAAUCGAAAUGACGGACGUAUGCAUUUAUGAAGGACAAAAAAAGCAACAGCUGAGAAAAGGACAUUCCACACAACCAAGACGAGAAUGAAACACUCCUCUGCUCCUCUGCUGGGAGAAGACAGAUACUCAUGUGGCCAGCAAUGUCAUCAUCGCCUUGACAGUCUCCAGUUGUCAUGGAUGACGUGGAACAUUUCACCUGACGGUUUGGAUAACCCAAAUAGGUCAUACACUAAGUUUACCUUUUAUUGACACAAAGGAUGUGUUUUUAAAGCAGCAAGCCUUUUUAAAACGUUUUUUUUUUUCUGUUGUUUUCACUACACAAGAUUUAUUUCGGGGCCUCUUUACCAUUUCAGCACAACAGCAGUUGAGAACCUUGAUCAGGCUCGGCUUAAAAGGGAAGUAAAUCUUCCAUUUUUAAAAUCUUGAACAUUUUCAGAUCUGUCACAAACAGUGAACUUUCCACACAAGCCCUGGCGGAGUUGUGAUGUUUCUCAGUGUUGCAUAUCUCACUGAUUGGCGAGACAUUUAUGGUUUAUUUGCUUUUAGGACUGCCGUUAGAAGUUACCCAAGUGGCCUUGCUCAGUUAUUGCCUUAGAUAUUUGUUAAAGUAGGGGUAGGCGAUAUGGCAAAAACAUCAUAUCACAAUACUUGUUUACAUGAUACCUGAUUCGGUUUAGCUGAAGUUCAAUUUGAAACACUAGUGAAACAGCACGCCUACAUUAAUCUCCGAAGAGUGUUUUGUGAUAUGAUGCAACAUAAGAUCUACCAGACUUUGAUCUUGUUUUUGCCUAUAUGCUCCUGGCUUAGGGCUAGAUAAGUAGACUAUUAUGUAGCAUGGCUAACUAAUUUUUGUAUAUGACUCUUGAAUGCUCAUUGUGAACCAGCAUGCUACAUUGGAUGAAAAUGCUGGUGAGAGAGAUGCCAGUGUGCAGACAGGGGCUUGGACUUGAUCCUGCUGAGUCUAGGAGCUAUUUUUUUUUCUUUUCUUUUCUUUUCUCUGAAAACCCCUGGCAUGCUGCAGACUUGUUUGUUUGAUACCUCAUUCCAGUGGCCUGAAACCACUGCAAAUGGGACCACGACUUCCAAAUAUCAUCUUUCUUUUCUGUGUUUGUGUGGUCACUCAUACAUUCCUGCACUUUAUUUCUAAGUCUCUAUGUUGCCAGUACUUCAAAACCUUAAUAGAAGCCUCUUUUUUUUUUUUUAUUUAAUUUUUUAAAAUUUUUUUUUUUUGAUAUGUACUCAAUUUUUUUGGCCUCCUCGAGCGCAGUCUCUGUGUGGUUCGGUCUAAGGAUGAGGGCGAGGAGACAGACGGUUGGGGAAAUUGAUUGCACUGCAGAGCGCAUAGCUCAGGCUGAUGGUUCCUCUGCAGUGACAUGGUGCGAGACGACAGCAGAGCCGCCAUUGAUUUCCUGAGAGAUGCUCCUUCCCAUCCCAGACUAGCUUUAACUUCUUUUGCUGAAAUAAAUGUGGAGCGUUUUACGGCGCUUUAGGUCAAGCAUUUCCAAAUACGAUAUGCUGAAUUUGUGUGUGUGAGCGUGUGGGUGUGUCUGAGACAGGGCAGAUGGUGUGAGAGAGAGGGAGAGAGAGCAAGCAGGAUGACGGUAUAUGUUAAAUGACUCAGUGUGGGGAAAGUGGAGAGGAGACACUAUCAGUCUUACGUUUCUGAUUCGCCAGUGGUGUUUUCAUAUCCUCAUCAGCUCAUGCUGUUCGCUUGUUCUUGGAUUCAAAUUUUUCUGUCGAGCUGAGGAAAACAUUUAUUCUACAAAGCACCUUUCACAAUGCUGGUUUAAAAUGGGUGCACAGCUGUGUUCACUGUAGUAAAGUUGAGUAUAAUAGCCUUGUUGACAUGGGAUCAAUUUCAGCAGGACCGUGUGCCUAUGAAUGUGAAAGAUUGCUGUAUUAAGGGUGCUGGCAAUUAUUUUUAGUUUAAGCUUUGGAGCAUUAUAAGAGGGGUCUUUUUCCUUUUUUUUUUUUUUUUUUUUAAAUCAUGUUUUAGUUCCUCAUGUUUUUUUAAUAAUGUUAUUAUAAUCUUGUCACACCAUUUAUAUGUUACGGUCCACAUUUCUUUCCAUGCCCAAGUUCCAUGAAACGGUCAUUUCUCUUUUUGUUUUUCAAUGUUUAAAACGUUGUAGCUUUGUGCCUGAAUGAGUUGUAGUCACUGUAUUCAAUGCACACCAUCCUAGUUUACCUCCAGUGGUGCCAUUUGUCUUCUACCCCCCUCCCCCCCCAUCGUUUUAUAUCCGCUAACUUAUGUAUUUGUGAAAAUGCUGACAUUUUACAAACAUCUAAUGUAAUGAGCUACCGUGUUAUUGUCUGGUUGAAUGACAGUUCUGUUUAAGGAAGGUGGCCUCUAAUCAGUGCUCUGUAUCCUGUUUUGGAGGGCAGCCCUUAUUUUCUGUAGUAUUGUAACAGUUUCUAUGUAUUCUCAUUAUUUCAUUUUUUUUUUUUUUUUAUCCGCAUUGCGUUCGCUCUCAGGUUAAGUCAGUCGUUCCUUUUUUUUUUUUAGCCUAGAUUUUAGCCACUGGGGCGAAAACGGAGAGUAUUAGAAAUCAGUAAUGUGCUUUAGACCAGUGUUUUGACAUGUUUGUAUGUAGCCCAGCUUAGGCUUUCUGGACAUGAGAAAUUGGCAUAAUAAUAAGAACUGUUUCAAAACCGGUGUACCACUACAUGAAAAACCACUGUGAGCUUUCCGUUAGUUACUGGGUUCCUGGAACAACAAUGGGUACUGGAUGUAUACGUAUAUUUUUCAGAGAUGCUCUAUUUUUUCACUUCUGUAGAAUGACUGAUGUUGAUUAUUCUAGAUACCGUGUCUAUUUAGUUGAGAAAGGGUCUUGUAGAUAUAAAGCGCAUGUCUUAUCGGGUCUGGUUUUUAUGUAUAUUAAAUGUGUAGCGCUCUCUCUGUCUCUCUAUAUAUGACCAAAUACUUUUAAGAUGGAUAUGAAUAGUAUUUGUUUCUUACAUUUUCCUAUCAGUGUAUCAAGUUUUUUUUUUUUUAAAAAAUAUGUUUGGACAGUAAACUUGGCAUUUGUGCCUUACCUGAGAACAAGAGAAUCUUCACAGCUUUUCUAGAAAUCUUUGGACUAGUCUGUGCAAUAUCUGCCUUAAACUUGUGAUGUGUCCUCCUUCUUUUUGUACAUUUCAGAGAAAUAAAGUACAAUUUUCAUAUACAUUGAAAUGUAUGUGUGCUUAUUACUGUGUUUGAGAGGAGUUAAUGGUGGGGGGAGCAUAAAUAUCACAGGCGGCUCUGUAAUAAACAAGAAUUGUGCCAAAUGAUUUAUAAUAAGGAAUCAAAUUUUAUUGAAUAAUAUAAGGAAAGUAACUGUCUCCCAAUAAAAGAUAGUGAUCAUUUCAAAUGUUGAUGUGAUGCAAGGGUUGCUCAGUGGUCCCAAAAUGACAGUCUGAUAUGUUUAAAAAAAAAAAAAAAAAAAAAGCAUGCUGAAAGUUAAGAAACAAAUUGGGUGAUGUUACACCCCAACCCUCAAAAGUAUUUUCUUCUUCAAUUUCCCUACAAUUAUGCUUUUUUUUUUUU